AUGGGAUCGCCAAAAGCAAAUACACUUUCCACCAUUGAGAAAAAGUACCCUGCUUACGCCACCGCAAUACGCGUCGCUUAUGGCGUGGUAAUGAAGGGGUUAAAUGCACUUGACUACGCCUACCCCAUCGGAGAGCACAUCUACGAGAAGGUCGUGGAGGCCUCCUCACCGUUGCGGGAGCAUGGCUUGCAGUACCUUUGGCCGCUGCUUAUUGGGUUCUGUGUCUGCUUCUUUGGUGGGUGCUACACUCUGCUAAUCACUUCGGUGGAGGUAGUGUACCUCACCACAUGGGAUACCGUGAGGAGGAACCUGAGCACACUCUACGCAAAUUACUGUGCGGCACGAGAGGCUAGCUUGAAGGACGACCUUUUGGAUGAAGAUCAAAAUGGCGUUCCCGACGUGCAAGAAAUUUCCCGCAAUGAACUCUUCUCGCGCAAGCUCGGUGUGUUUCUUCGCUCCGUGGAUCCCGUUGGUUUGAAGGAGGCCUUUCACGGUUUGAUCUUCGCAGUUCUUGCAGUUCUUGCGGCUCUGAAGAGCAGAUUCGCCAACGCGCUGGUGUUCGCCUGCGGCCUUGCCAACGCCAUGGGAUCCCACUUCCCAUUAAAAGACUUUAUUGAAGAUUUCCUCCCGCCUGAGCAAAAAAAAUUGGCUGAUGCCAUCACGUUUUGCACCCUGAACUUCAUCGGCGUGACAAUCGCUACGGUGUUGCAGCGGCACGUCAUGGCCUUGCAUUGCGCUUUGCGUGGUGCCACAAUGCUCGUUGGGAACGCCAUUGCCUUUGGAAAGGAAGCGGGGCUCGUAGAGGAGGGCGUGGCCAUCAGCAGCCAGCGCAGCUCGGCCCUCGUCGGUGCGCUGGCGUGUAUGGGGUUUCUCUGGCAGGCGUCGAACGGCUUUUCGGCGCCGUUUCCGUUUAACAUCUUGCUUUUUCCACUUUCCCUGGCCGAGUGGCUGCUCGGGGCCAUCUUCACCGCCACUUUGGUAUCCGGCGUAGUGUGA